AUGACGAAAGGGGAAGAAAGUGAUGUGCGGAGGAGGAGGUGCAAUCUGGGAGCAGAUGAAAGAGAGAAAAUGAAUGGGGUGGAAGAUAAUGCGGCUGUCCAAACUUGGUCUGAGACAACACAACAAGAGAAAGGUGAUAGUUUGGCCGAGGGGUAUGUGUCAGAGUUGUGGGACUUCACUCGUGUUAGCGUGACUCAGAAUAGCCUACAGGAACUAAAGGCAAUUUGGGAUCAGUGGAAUGAUGAGAUUAAACAGCUCUUCUACUCUAGCUAUGGAGACCUACCUUACUUGCUCGACGUAAAGGUGGAUAAGCGCCUGUUCCGUGCCUUAGCCCAAUUUUGGAAUUCGGCUUAUUGUUGUUUUACCUUUGGAAGUGUUGAUUUAGUGCCUACAGUGGAGGAAUACACGGCAUUGCUUCGUUGUUCAAAAAUUCAAGUGGACAAAGCCUAUUCAAGAGCUGCUAAUGUUCCAACCUUUCUGAAGAAGUUGGUGAAUAUAACUGGGAUGAGUGAGCAAUGGGUCGCGGCACGAAUCAAACAGAAGGGAGAUAGCAAAUGUAUUCCUUGGAAGAAUCUGAGAGAUUUAAUUCAAGUACAUCCAGACACAAAGAAGAGGGUUGAUAUUUUUGCUUUGAGCAUCUACGGCCUAGUUGUCUUUCCCAAAGCCUUGGGACAUAUCGAUGAAGCAGUCACUGAUCUUUUCGAUCGACUUGAUAAAGGAGUCACACCGGUUCCAGCAAUUUUAGCAGAAACUUUCAGGUCACUGAACGAAUGCCGAAGAGUAGGUGAAGGAAGAUUCAUUGGAUGUGUGCAGCUUCUCUUGGCAUGGUUUCACAGUCAUUUCAGGAAGGUUGAUAAGCUUUCUUAUCGAGUUUUUUCUGAAACUUAUUCGCCCUUAAAAGAAAUAGUGGAAAUACCGAUGCAAGAUGGGGCCUUAGAAGAAAGAUGGAUUGUAACUCUUCAGAAUCUUCAAGAGGAGGACAUUGAGUGGAGAGCUCAUUGGUUGCUGUCAGAUGAGAUAUUGUAUAGAUGUGGAGAUUUUGAUUGGGUUCCCCUACUUGGGAUUUGGGGAGCUAUUGGUUAUGCACCGUUACUGGUAUUGAGGCAGUAUAGAUCGAGGCAGCUCGUACCUACAACCCAAGGAUUAGCUCAAAGUGAGUUCUCGUACAAGUGUGAUGGCUACAAGAAAAAAAUUCGAGAAAUGACAAAUGCUUGGAGGCAGACUCGUCAAUUGAAGAGAUUGUCAGUAGGUCCGUCGAUAACUCCUGAAUAUAUCAGUCAAAGAGACAACCAAUUAGUAGAAAAACAUGUACAUAGGGUCCCUUCUGAGCUAGAAAUCAUAAAACAAGAUUUCGAAAGAAGAAAUUCUGAGCUUGAGAAGAAGAUAGGGCAAAUGGAAGAGGAAAAGAUGAGUCUGAAGCUGGAUGUGGAUGUUCAGAAGCUGGAAACCGAAGGCCUGAGGAAAGAAAAGCGCAAAGCUGAGGAGGAUUUGAAUAGCUUGAAGACGGAUUAUAAGAGGCUACGAUGUCAAUGA